UGAGAGGACGACAGCUCUUCCUGGCUAACAGUUAGGCGGGCUCUGCAAAGCACCAAUCACAGUUCACCGCUUCGCUAUAAAUUCAGGCAUCGGGGUUACUGUAGCCCAAUUACUUUCUUUUGAUUAGGAAGAAGUCUCUGCCGCGAUGUCGGAGACCGCUCCCGCCGCMGCGCCCGCGGUCGCGGCUCCCGGCGCCAAGGCGGCCGCCAAGAAGCCCAAGAAGGCGGCGGGCGGCUCCAAAGCCCGCAAGCCCUCGGGCCCCAGCGUCACCGAGCUCAUCACCAAGGCCGUGUCCGCCUCCAAGGAGCGCAAGGGGCUCUCGCUGGCCGCCCUCAAGAAGGCGCUGGCGGCCGGCGGCUACGAYGUGGAGAAGAACAACAGCCGCAUCAARCUGGGGCUCAAGAGCCUCGUGAACAAGGGCACCCUGGUGCAGACCAAGGGCACCGGCGCCUCCGGCUCUUUCCGGCUUAACAAGAAGCCGGGCGAGACGAAAGAGAAAGCGCCGAAGAAGCGCGCGGCGGCGGCGGCGGCCAAGCCCAAGAAGGCGGCGGCCAAGAAGCCCGCGAGCGCCGCCAAGAAGCCCAAGAAGGCGGCGGCGGUGAAGAAGAGCCCCAAGAAAGCGAAGAAGCCGGCGGCUGCGGCGGCCAAGAAGGCGGCCAAGAGCCCCAAGAAGGCAGUCAAGGCUGCGAAGCCCAAGAAGGCAGCGAAGAGCCCGGCAAAAGCGAAAAAGGUUGCGCCCAAGGCUGCCAAGCCCAAGGCGACCAAGCCCAAAGCAGGCAAAGCGAAGAAGGCGGCGCCUAAAAAGUGAAGCGUUGAAGUGGAAAUACUUAAACCCAACGGCUCUUUUAAGAGCCACCCAGGAUUGUCUGAAAAAGGGCUGUUACACUCGAUUACUAAACACCGCGCCCGCAGAGGAGCUAACCACACACCACUGUCCUUGUGGGAAGACAUUGGUCYGUGCAGUGGAUUGGUCGCCGAACUUCCGGUCGUCGUUACGUUGAGAUUUAGGGAAAAAAUAAAUUUACGUUUCUUGAGAAAUUA